AGGACGCCAUGAAGCCGAGCACGUUCCGUACGGCUACCUAGUGGUAGCAUUCAGGGAAUAAUUGCCGAGGCGUUCUGUUGAAUGGUGGUACAACAAUAAUCGUAAACAUCGAUUGUGUCGUCAUUACGGGAUUCUCUCGGGUAGCCAUCGUAUAUGCUCUCUAUUAUACUGAAAAAGAGCAUUGACAGAGAUCUGGGAGAGAUAUGUGCAUAAUACAUAACAUAGAAGAGAGCACGGGUGUAAUGUGUGACAAAUGUGCGUGCAAAUAUUGUGAGCAAAGUGGGGUAUUCAUUAAAAUACAAGUACUCUGCUGACAAGCAGUCGUCAAGCUUUGGAGCACAAAUGAUGCAUGUUGUACAACGUUAACCCACAUAACUACAUGUUAUAGAUUAAUGAAAUGUGUUACAAAUUGCACGUGUAUUUAGUCGAGGUGGAUUGAAAUUGAAGGAUAUCAGCCGUCAGUGUCAGGACAUAUUUAUGUAUAUGUAGUGCUCGGCCUCACGGAUAUAUAUAUCAUCAUUCUGCUAAACGGAGAGAGGGGGCAGUCAGUCACGUGACGUUCAGUGUUUACACACUAAAAUGGAGCUUUGUCUUCAUCUUCGGCGAGCUCGAGCUGCUCCACCACCACUACUAGCAGCAGCAGCAGCAGCAUCAUCAUCAUCCCCACGUCUCGGUGAGGAUGUUACCCGUCUACUCAGACCCCGCUAGGUUAGAGCUCGUCUUUUCUUUUACUCUACUUGGGCUCUACUAUAGGAGCAGCCUUCAUAAGUAGUUUCAAGAGAACGGGAGCAGCUAUACCUAGUGUGUUACGGUGAAAGUACGGCUUGUUUGACUGCUCGCGUGAAAAUGUAGAUGAUGUCAAUUCUAGUGUAGAAUGAGGAGAAGAAAAAACUGUAGAAAAUAAAUUCUAAAUGGUGUGGCCAUAAAUAACCCAAAACAUGGCCAGUAAUCAGGUGGAGUACCAAUGGGCCUACACUGUAAUGGACUCAUCAAGGGUAUCCACCUACUUGAUAUCGAUUUUGCUUAUUGUUUAUGGUAGUUUUCGAUCACUCAACAUGGAGCAAGAGGCAAGGGAGAGAGAAAAAGAAAAAGAACGCGCUAACCUGUUGACGGGAUUGACAACAGCAAACUCUGAAAAUACUCAAGGAAAAGGAAUAUUAACUCUAGACACAAUGCACGUUCUUUGUCUACCUCUUGGUGCUUCCAUAUCUCUGCUCGUCAUGUUUUUCUUUUUUGACAGUAUGCAGAUGCUUUUUGCAAUUUGUACAGCAAUUAUGGCAACGGUGGCCUUGGCAUUUUUGCUGCUGCCAAUGUGUCAAUACAUAAUACGGCCGUGUUCGGAUGGCAACAAAAUAUCGUUUGGUAUGUGCGGCAGAUUCACUGGUGCCGAAUUAUUGUCUUUCUCACUGAGUGUAAGCGUAGUUUGCAUCUGGGUAUUGACGGGUCACUGGCUACUUAUGGAUGCAAUGGGUAUGGGCUUGUGCGUCGCUUUUAUAGCAUUUGUACGUUUACCGAGUCUCAAAGUGUCGACAUUGUUGCUCACGGGUCUUCUCAUUUAUGACGUUUUCUGGGUAUUUUUCUCUUCCUACAUUUUUAGCACCAACGUCAUGGUCAAGGUAGCUACUCGUCCCGCGGACAAUCCAGUUGGGCUGGUCGCACGAAGGUUUCACUUUGGAGGUGGUGUGGCGCGGGAGGCACCGAAAUUAUCUUUGCCCGGUAAGCUCGUGUUCCCGUCGAUGCAUCGCGCAGGCCAUUUUUCGAUGCUAGGCCUUGGUGACGUCGUGAUGCCAGGGCUGCUUCUCUGUUUCGUACUGCGUUACGAUGCCUACAAAAAAGCUCAACCUUUGGCGGGUGGCUGCGAGGCCGGAGUCCCGCCACCCCGGCACCUCAAUCGAAUAACCUAUUUUCACUGCUCGCUUAUUGGAUAUUUCCUGGGUCUGCUAACGGCCACCGUUAGUUCCGAAGUAUUCAAGGCUGCACAACCCGCACUUCUCUACCUCGUGCCCUUUACGCUGCUACCCCUACUCACUAUGGCUUACCUCAAGGGGGAUCUACGCCGCAUGUGGAGUGAGCCGUUUAUAGUGCACCAACAGUCAAAGCAUUUGGAAGUUUGACAGAAUUUAGCAGUUUCACAAAUGUCAGUUAGAUAAACACUUUAGAUACUAUAAAUUUCACAUGACACACUCAGAGGGAGAGAGAGAGAGGAAUGAAAAAUACUGCCUUGGACAACUAUCUUCAAUUGCUAUCAUGGCGCGUAUGAUACUAUAUUCAGAGGCGAGUAAAAAUCAGUUAAUAAUGAUGCUUUAUUUGUAAUGAACUGUUAAUAGCAUUUCCAAGCCCCUGCUAUUACUAAAAUAUUCUUAAAGUUUUAUCAAACAUUAAGACUGAUGAACAAAUUUUUAAGACCUCAAGUAAACACACACUAAGUUUUUGCAUACAAAGAGUUAUUGUAUUUUUUUUUUUUCAUUUCAUCAAACAUUGCUUGACGUCCUAAAGUUUCAUAUAAUUAAAAAACAAAUACUUACAAGUGUACAUAUUCGUUAUAAACUAUAUUUUCUUGAAAAAGAAUACCCAUUUGUACAAAAUGUGUUAAACUGUCAUCGUAGUCGUUUCGUGAUAAUUUUCUUAAUUAUUUUAUACAUGGAUGUCUGUCUGUUUGUAUAGAAUCUAGAUGAAUUGAAUUUUAAACGUUGAGUAUUAUUGUUAAACUUGGUGCAAUAAUGCACAAAAAAAAAAAAAAAAAAAAAAAAAAAAAAAAAAAC